GCGUGGUCUUGUUGUGUGCCUGUACAGACGCGCGCUUGCGAGGUGCUGGUCAGCAGAGGCAUUAGGGCAACGAAUCGUGUUUUACGUUUUAGAGUGAACCUCCGACUCUGCCUGAUAUGGCCGCACAGCGUGCGGUAGCGGUAGUGGUGGUCAUGGUGGUGGCGGUCGGCACGGUGACAUCAUUCAAAGCUGCAUCUGAGCCCUCGGACGAAGAGAUCGUGAACAAAUGUGGCUUUUCUCUCCAGGCGAUCCACGAAUGCAAAUACACGAAGUGCCUCGAAGCCUCACAAGUUUGCCAGAUGAGGACCGGACAGGAAAGCACCGAUUCAGAGUGUCAGAUGCGACUCUGUAUGGAGGUCAAGUCGAAGUGCGAGGCGCCACUCAACAAGAACCUCUCGGGUGCUGAAGUGUGCGAGGGGGAUGGCUUCGACCGCAGCGACCUGGACUGCCUCCUCCUGCACAGGACGUCGAUGGCGGAGCUGACCGAUUGCAAGGCUCAGGGCUACUUGAAGGUCAAGCGCGAGUGUUUCAACAAGGUGUGGUCGAACAUCGUCCGCACUCAGGCUGAAGCCCUGCUGAAGCGGCCGCACGUCUCCGACGACCUUGUGGAAUGCGCGCUCAACAGCUGCUUCAACAACACGGAGUGCUUCCACAACUACCACCACGAGCUCGCUCAGAACCCCGCGUCUCACCGGGUGUUCAACCUCACGCUGUGCGCGUUCGUCUCCACCGACUACCCACUCGAGUGCGACCACCGCAACUGCACCCUGGACAUCGCCGCCUGCAAGCACCUGGACACGGCGAGCAUGCCGGCUGGAGCUGUGGUUGCAGUGGUGGUGGUCGUUCUGGUGGUUCCGGUGGUACUGGUUCUGCUCAUCCUCUACUUGCGAAGACGGAGGCGGGGAGCGAGCCAGGGGGGCUACAGCAGCACCAGCUCGGCCUAGGUGCAGGGCUGUGGGGAGAGAAACUCGAGAUCAAGGAGCUGCUGCUCUUCCUUCUCUCCUACGGAUUCUACCCUGAAAGCAGCUCGGGACAUUCGGUGCUUCCCCUGCACUUCCAGUGACAACAUCACCGAGAAACAUGGCUUCAGGAGCAACCUCACCAAGCACUGCACCUCCAGGAGCAACCUCACUGAGCUCCACACCUCCAGGAGCAACCUCACCGAGCACUGCACCUUCAGAAGCAAGCUCACCGAGCGCAGCACCUUCAGAAGCAACCUCACCGAGCACCACACCUCCAGGAGGAGGCUGGAGCUGGGAUAAGUUCGUGUGGUGGUGAUGUUUCUCUGAGUCACCAUCCCAGCCACUCGCCUCGGCUGGCAGCUCGCUGUGCCUCCUCCCAUUGCGGUUGAUUGUUGGUGUUGUUUAAAUUUAACUUAUUUUCAAAAUGUUGUUAUCAUUCAGUCUUUAGUUUUAGGCGUAUGUUGUAUUUAUUGUCUUAAAAUUUUACAUUUUCAUAUUAUUCGGUAAGCGUUCCCGAAAUUUACUAAUUUUUAUUUUAUAAGAAGUCCGAGUUAGAAUGUUGCCAUCCUCACACAACAGCGCUCAUUGCUGUUGGUAUUCCUGAGCCAGUGUUGUAAAUUCCACAGUAACAGGUCAGGGAACACUUUCUCAAUAUCACAACCGCGACUGACUUCUUACAAACCAAUUUUACAAACUCCAAUGGGAAUAUAGAUUCGUUCCGUUCCUGUCCGAUUAGGAUUUCAACUUGCAACCUGUCAUGGUGAGUUGAGCUCUCAAACCACGAUGCCAUCGGAUGCCUCCAUGUCCGAUAUCGGCAUCAUCAUCGCCACCGGUCCCUUAACCGUGGCACUGUGGGGACUCCAGUGAUGCUUUGGCGUUCAACUCUCUCCACCUCUCGCGGUCAACGUCUGCGACUGACCUCCUAAUGGUCAUGUCACCUCCACGCGAAGUUAUUCACCCGAACAAUGGGCGGUGCGUGGCAGUCGUUGGAAGCACCGUAUCUCUAAAAUGAUUCCAAGACUCACAGAUAUAGAAUGUAAAUUACUACUGUUCAUGCAAUGGACAACAGUAAUAUCUAAAUCAUUAUAUCAACAGCAUUAUGUUUCAAAUACUAUUACAAGCAAACUGAGGCCGUUGUGGUAAUGCGAGCCGGCACAGGAAGCAGCAGGAUCUGAUCGUAAAAUUAGAUCUCAAUUCACCACACGUGGCAUCUCUUGGCACAAGGCUAAUUGUCUCAGACCAUUGCAGUUUUGAUUAAAUACUUCUCGUUGUCCUGCGAUUAACGCGGUUGGCCGCGUAUGGUGCGAAAGAAGUUAAACAUACAUACGUAGAGAAUGCAGCAUUAUUGUCGUGAAUUAACAGGAUUUCUCCAAGUGGAGUUGACUUAAAUAACACUGCCACUUAGCGACCCAACAUCCCGUCUCAGUUGCCAACCAUCACACCCUGUGCCCUCUCAUCUCGCCCCGGCCUAUCUACUCCUCCCCUCUCUCUCACGGGCAGCCGUUUCCCUCCACAAGCACAAAUCGUGAGGAUGUUGCGAGUUCGACAGCGACAUCCCACGUGUCACCACAGCUGUUACACAUUAUCCGGCACGUGUCACUUUGAGGACUUUCAUAUUGGUCAGCCAAUGUCAGAUUAUUAGUUUGUAAAAUUUAAGAAAAGUGUGUUUUGCAAUGGAUAUAUGAAGUUACAUGUUUUCUUGGUGGGGGUGUUAAUCCACAGAAUAGCACGCGCCGUUCAUUGCAUAUUUGCAGAUGCGUUCAUGACGUCUGACCAUAAAUCAUAAAACCGUGAACACUCAGACUGUGGGCUUGCAGAGUCGGUGUUAGGUGCUGCAGUGCAUCCUGUGUAACGUACCCUGUCUUUUCUCCAUUAAGGCCAAAUGUGCUCAUUUAUAAUUUAUGUUAUUUAUAGUUUUUUAAUGUAUAUACAGUACAUCCUUCCAUAUCUGACCGUCAUCUAUCCACUUUGCCCAAUUAACCACCACACCCAGCACUGUGCUUGUGCACGCUGUAGCGGUCAUCUUCGAUUGAUGCUCACAUAUCUGACCUUUACACAAAUCUGACCUUUAUACACAACCACCUGUAACGCAGUCUAUAGCAAGUCAUAUAUGUGACGCACUAACAGAAAAAAAAAUCGACAUUGGUGCGACCACCACAGCAAACACGAGCACGCUCUGCAGGGUGCGCAGUGUCAGCGCGACCCCAAUCUGGCCGAUGUUUCAGUGCAGAGCUCGAGUGAGACCAAUUUGAUCAACAGUCACCUAAAGCUCACAUUACAGCGACUCAUUUAUGAACAUGUUCUAAAUUAUAACCCAACUCAAAUAAGUUAGAUUUUUUUGUAAAUGUGUAAGUCCAUACGGUUGUGUUAGAUUAACAUUAUGUCAUGUAGCAUUAGCUGUACUUUAGUUAUAAUACGCGUUUAAGUAGAGAUAAUAAACCUUGCUUAAUACGAAAUGUUAUCUAUGCAAGUCUAUGUGCAGGGUAUGCGUCGCUGUGCAUGGUAGGAAUGUCAUGAUUCAUCGAUCAACAUCGAUUCUCGAAAAUAAUAAUAUCCAGCUCACAAUAUUUUUGUACAUAUUAAAUAAAACUGAGCAAAUGAUACAAGCUGUGUAAUUGGUCAUGC